CCCCACUGCUAGGGCCGGCCCACCCAGGAAGCAAGAGGAGAGGGGAUCUCAGGCAGCAGGAUCCACAGGGGCAGCAGAUCCGGAUCUUGACCUUUAUUUAUUCAGGGCUGGCCCACACACGAGGCAAGCUUGUGGAGGCUGCGGUCUGGCCCUGAAGCAGGCUGACUUGGUGACAUCAUGGCAGCUGAGGUGAAGGUGACGGGGCAGAACCAGGAGCAGUUCCUGCUGCUGGCGAAGUCUGCCCGUGGAGCUGCCCUGGCCAGCCUCAUUCAUCAAGUGCUCGAAGCCCCUGGCAUUUACGUCUUUGGGGAGCUGCUGGACAUGCCCAACGUUCGCGAGCUAGCUGACAGUGAGUUCGCCGCUGUAUUCCGCCUGCUCACAGUCUUUGCGUAUGGGACAUACUCAGAUUACUUAGCCGAAGCCGGGAAUCUGCCUCCGUUAACAGAGGCUCAGAAGAACAAAUUGCGCCAUCUGUCUGUUGUCACGUUGGCUUCCAAGCUCAAGUGCAUUCCGUACGCAGUGCUGCUGGAGCAGCUCCAGCUGAAGAAUGUGCGUCAGCUGGAGGACUUGGUGAUUGAGGCCGUGUACGCAGAUGUACUGCGGGGGAGCCUGGACCAACGCAACCAGCGAUUAGAGGUCGAUUACAGCAUUGGGAGGGACAUCCGCAGGGAGGAGCUCAGCGCCAUCACUCGCACCCUUCAGGAAUGGUGCCAGGGCUGUGAGGUCGUCCUUUCGAGCAUCGAAGAACAAGUGAGCCGGGCUAAUCAGCACAAAGAGCAGCAGCUGGGUCUCAAGCAGCAGAUUGAGAGCGAGCAGGUAGCAAAUCUGAAGAAGACAAUUAAAGUGACGACAGCAGCCGCCGCCGCAGCGACAUCCCAGGAUCCUGAGCAGCAUCUCUCUGAACUCCGGGAACCGGCUCCGGGUACCAACCAGCGCCAGGCCAGCAAAAAGGCUUCCAAAGGCAAAGGGCUCCGAGGCAGCGCAAAGAUCUGGUCCAAGUCGAACUAGCAGGACCUUUGGCUGGGGAGGGCAGCAGAUGUCCCACGUGUGAUGCUUUCUUCUCCAACCUGGAUGUCUUUCUGUGCAAUCCCUUCCCCCUUUCCCAGUCUCUCUUUCUCUCUCUCCCCUUGCAUGUAGUUUGUUCUUUCCGUUUUGCUCCUCCCCUGAUACUUUCAUCCAUUCUCGCCUUCCGCUGCUCUCUCAUAUUCCUUCCCACUUAUUUUCUGCCUGCGACGACUUCUUCUUUUGCUUUCCCUCUUCUCUGUCUCUCCCCGUCCCCAUCCUCGUGUGGGGUGCAUUUUAAAGAGCCAUAAAGUGACCUCUGUUUCAGUUAUCUUUGCACCCAACAGAAUAUGGUGGAAGCCUGGGUGGAAAUGAAUCUGGCAGCUGUUAGCCACUUUAGUUCUGCGAGCAGAUCCUGGGACAUUUGCUCCGGGACGCAGCUUGACAUCUCAAUCAUUUGCUUUCCUGGGAUCAGGGGUGGGUAGGGGGCGUGUGUGAGUGUGUCGGAUGGAUUGUUUUGGAAAAAAAUAGUAUAAAUAUAUAAAGCGAUUUAAAGAAAUAAAUCUAUGGACAUAUCUACAG